GAAUACAUCACUAUUGAGCAAUAUUAUUGAUGAAAUCAAACGAAUUUGCCAUGCAGCUCGUUAUAAUAAAUCAAUUUGUAACAUCUUUAUUGAGUUAGUAAUAUGUUCAGCAGAACCAAUUGUAAGGUUAUUACAAUAUAAAAAAGACGAUGUGAGUUUUGAGUUAGAGAACCUUAAACUAGACGAUUUAACCAUUCUUGAACAAUUUAAGAUUGCUUUAGUGAAUAUUAAAGAACUUUCCAAAUUGAAAGAUAUGAAUCCAAGGUUUUCGAUAACUGACAUUAAUGAAUAUGAAAGUUUGAAAGAUAACAAAAUUGAUAAU